AUGGAAGCUUCCUUCAUCUUUCCGAUUUGUAUCAUGGCCUCGACGAUGAUGAUUACAGAAGACUUCUCGACAUGCAGUGUUUUGGACGAUGUGGAAUCUGGAGUGCUCUUCCAUCUCAUUUUCUUUACGAUCAGUUAUUUUGGCACGAUUGUGAUGGUGAUUUACAAACGCAUGGCUGGAAAGAGGCAAGAAACGAUACCGCUUUUGGCCGGCACUGGAAUUCCACUCACAGCGACUGGCUUAGCGCUCAUUUGCGCGGCGUAUUAUGUUCAUGUCGGGCAUCAUUGUAGGGAUGAGGAGAAUGGACAGUCGACUAUUUCUGGCCUUCCUCAGAGUAUCAUGGUCCAAAGUCUAGCAAAAGAAGUCAGAGCCGAAAUCAUGCUCCGGAGUCUUUGGCUUGGAUUAGUUCUCGUGCUUUGCGGCGGCGCUUUCCUUGGCUUGCUUGUUUGCAACUGGCCAAAGCCCCUAGCCAAGUGUUACGACCAUCUUUAUUUUUCAAGCAAAAAAUCAAAAGGAUGCGAAAAUUUACUCAACCUUCAAAAUUGCUGCUCAAGACACAUAACCGACAAAGAUCUUCUUUCCUACACAAAGUUCUGCUUGAAAAAUGAGCUCAUCUACGUCGCCUGGAUUUAUGAUGCCUUCAAAGUCGUUCUUGACAAGACUCAUUUGAGCGAUGCUGAGUACGAACUCGCGAAUCAAAGACUUAGGCUGGAGGAAAUUUGCCCCAACUGUACAACUUGCGAUAGUGAAGAACAGGUCAUGUCUGGGUUCCGAAUUUCAAUGGAAACUACUACGAUCGUCCCCGCUGUCGUCGUCUGCACGCUGGAAGCUCCGGCGGAAGACGUCCAAAGCAAAUACGAUUGCAGCCAGAAAACAACAUGCUGCUCCGGUACACUCGAAGUCAGAGGCGGCGAUGGCGUGGGAAUUCUAGAGUUCUGGGAGAAUGUCUCUCAGUCCUCACCUUUCAUUGAACCAAUUCUUUUGUUCGGUUUAAACUCUUACUCUGUACAUAAAAUGCUGCAUAUUGGACUAGGAGGCUCUUCGGAGUACCGUGUACUAAGGUGUCUUUUGACUUAA